AGAAAUCGACUGCUCAAUGCUGGCAUAUGAGUGGCCAAAAUGGAAGAGGUCGUUUAUCAUGUACAUGAUGGCGUCAGGCAAAGACUCAGAGCCAAAAGCCAAAAAGAUUGCCACAUUCCUAUGGUUGGCUGGAUCAAAGGUCACGGAAAUAUACAGUACAUUGUUUCCCAACGAUGGAACCGCACAUGGCAUGGUGGAGGCACUGGAGGACGUACUAAAGGCAUUCGAUGACUACAGCAUCCCGUUCCGAAACAUCACAAUGGAAUCCUACAAAUUCAACAACAUUGUUCAAACUGAGGGACAGCCUUUCAUAGAGUUUGAGACGCAACUCCGCAAGCAGGUACAGUUAUGUGACUACAAAUGUGACUGUGGCCGAACAUACGAAGAACGUAUGUUGCUAGACCGCUUCAUAAUUGGCAUUCAAGAUAAAAGGCUGCAGCUUAAACUCCUUGAAUCAAAAAACAAGAAACUCGAGGAGAUCAUCACUGAGUGCAAAGCCUUUGAAGCGGCCGCAAAAAACAAUGAAUUUCUACGGAAUCCCCAUUAUGAAAAGUCCGUUGACGCAGUUGUCCGUCGCUGCUAUAAUUUCGGAGCAAUUUUCAACCCGAAUCAUCUUUCCGAGUGCCGUGCAAAGGAAAUGGCAUGUUACUAUUGCGGAAAAAUUGGACAUUUUUCCAAGUACUGCAAGCAGCAGAAGAAACGAGUGGAUAACAACAACUACAGCAGCAGUAAUAGACGAGUGGAUAACAACAACAUCAGCAACAAACGAGUGGAUAACAACAACUACAAAAGCAAGCAGAUAGAUGUGGAUCGCAAGCAAACAGCCGGAGCAGUUAUUAAUUGGAUAGAAUCAGAAUAAGCGAGUGCGGGCUAAACAGGGUAAGAUGGACGAAAACAUAUAAAAUAAAUGGAAAAAAUGUUACGUUUAUAGUGGACACAGGCGCUGAUGUUAACUGCAUCCCAAGUGAUUUAGUUAAAGAAUUAAAACUUGAAGUUAAAAAAGAAAACAUUCUAAUUUUUGACUAUAAUAAUGUUAAAGUUAAUAAUUUUGGAAAAGUUAAAGCAAACUGUUAUGAUCUGAAUUCAGAAACAGCAAAAUGUAUUGAAUUUUUAGUUGUUGAUGCGAAAUGUGAACCACUAUUAGGUCUUAAGUCCUCUGUAGAAUUAAAA